CUCAGUCUGGCGAUACCUGGCUGCUCACCCAAGCGCAAGGCAUGAGUCGUCUUUAUACAUAUAGAACUGAAUCCUCACUUCCGGUCUGCUCGAAAUCUCCAGGCUAAAACUGCGGUCCUCACGACAAGCUUGCACCAUUCUGACUACUCUUACAAUGGAUGUGGAGACCAUCCUGCGUGGGGUUCAACCCCUCGUGGGCGAAGUGGUUCCCAUUCGGUCCGUCCAGGAGACUCGCCCAGUUGAAGAAUACGCGGACGCCUACGUCGCUGAAGUCAACGUCAAGACCGCGUCGAAAGUCAUCAAAGCCCUCGACUCCGCCUUCCCCCGCGACUCCUCCCACCCCCUGAACCACCUCCGCCGCUUCGCCAAGCACAACCAGAUCCCCGAGUCACUCCGCCCCACCCUUCUCAAGGAAGGCUACCUCCCCUCGCAAACCAUCUUCGUCCUCAUUCCACCCUCCUGGCCCCCUUCGUACCGCCGCCCCGAGAAAGCCGAUCCCUCCCUACCAUCCACUUCCGCGCCAGCACCCGCCGCCGCCGCCGCCGCCGCCGAAACCACCACCCCCUCCACCACCGCCCCUGCAACCAGCACCAUCACCCUCCACACGAUCACCGUCCCCAUGCAACCGCCCUUGACCCCCACACAAGCGGAGCACUGGUCCUCCAAGAUGUGGCCCGUAGUCUUCAACCCGGCCGCGCCGCGCGCGCUGAUCGCCCCCCCGCCGCAGAUCCUCUCGCGGGUGCGCGACGCCAUCGCCCCGAAAGCCGGCCGCUACCUGGCGCUGGCGCAGGCGGUCGCCGCCGAGGCGGAGCGAAGCGGUCUCGGCCGCGGGGUGGGCGCCGUGGUCGUGGACCCGGAACUGGAACCGACAGAAGAAGAAGAAACUGAAGCAAGCAGCUGGACCGACGCGAUCGUCGCCGUCGCCGGCGACGGCCGGUACUCCCGGCGGGAGGGGGGCCAGCCCGCGCCGGCGGAGAUCGCGGGCGGCGGCAGCGGGCCGAGUCCGCAUUGCGGGACGUACGAUGCCGACUGGGAAGGGGGGCCGGAGCUGCAUGCGCUGAUGCGGGCGGUGGAGUUGAUCUCGAGCAAGCGGCGCGAGGACAAGCCGGGGUCGCGGAGGCAGAAGAUCCGACCCGUGCUGUACGGGCUCGAGGAGUAUUUUCUCCAGAAGUCGGAGGUUCCGCUCCGCGGAGCGGAGACGGUGGCGGGAGCGGGAGGGGCGGAUGUAGAGAGGGAGGAUGCGGCUGCGCCGCCGCCGGAGAAGUAUCAGAAGACCACGGAGACCGAGGCCCAUGCGAUCCACCUCCACCACAAGGAGGUGGAGGAACAGGGGGCAGAGGCAGGUGGGGGCGCAGGAGGUGUGGGGCCGCGGAUCCGCUCCCGCGAGCAGGGCGGCUAUCUCUGCAACGACCUGGAUGUGUACCUGUCGCAUGAGCCGUGCAUCUGCUGCUGUAUGGGGUUGCUUCUCUCGCGGUUCCGGGCGGUGAUCUUCCCGCGCCGCGGCCGGAUGGUGUCCGGCGGUCUGGCGUCGGAGCCCGUGGUCAAGCCGGUGCCCGUUGAGGCUGGGUCGGACCAUCCAGUGGAGGAGGAGGCUGAGGGUGGAACGGAGGAAGCAUCGACGAAGAACCGGGAGUACUACGGCCUACAUUGGCGCAAGGAGCUGAACUGGCGCGCCCUGGGGUUCGAGUUCGUCGCUGCUGGGGAGUCGGAGGGUGCCAGUGCCGAGACCGGUGUCGCGUUUCAUGCAUAGUGUGUGGGAAAACCUAGCAUAAUAAUAUUUGUAUUAUAUCAUUGAGACGUAUACUAUAG